AUGGCAGUGUGGCUUUGGGUAUACAGCUCCAUCCACGAAGACGACCACAGCGCGUCUGUUCACCAUUGCUUCUUCGAGGCGAGGCUUCAGCUGACCUUCAACACAGGCCUCAAGCUCGUCCGCGCCUUUCCUCGGGUGCUCAAGGUUCCACUUGAGUCGUCCGCCAAAGAAGUCCUCACCUUCCCGGCCACUCUCACAACAAACACACCGCGCGAGGACGUCCAUGCGGACGUCCUCAAUAUGGAGAUUGGAAUAUGGGAGCCGCGGCGAUGUACCGCGGCCCUUUGUUUUAGCCUGAGGACGUCCGCCCGACCCUCCCGUCGCUCUCCUCCUCCGCGUCGCCCGCCCCCGCCACCCGCCUUUGCGUCGCCCUCCUCCUCGCUGCCCUCUUCCUCCUCGCCCUGCUCCGCCCACCCCUUGGCCAUCUGCGCCGCCGCGUUGCCCACCACCUUCAUCUCCCCCUCCUCCGCGUCGUUCCAGCCCAUGUCGCCUCCUCCGUGUCGCCUGCCUCCGCCUCGCCCUCGUCUCGUCCGCCCUCGUCUCGCCCACGUCCUCGCCCUCCCCCUUUGCGUCACUCGUCGCCGCCUCGCCUUCUUCCGCGCCCGCCUCCUCCACGCCCACUUCCUCCGCGCCCGCCUCGCCGCGUUACCCUUCUCCACCCACCUCGCCGUCCGCCUGCGCCUCACACGGGUCCCCCACGCCUGCGCCACCGGGUCGCCCUCCUCCGCGUUGCCGUUCUCCGCCCACAUCGCCAUCCACCUGCGCCUGGCCUGCGUCCUCCCGCCUGCCUGCCUCCUCCGCGCGCGCCAGGCGCGCCUUCGCCUGGCCGCGUCGCCCUACUCCGCGUGCGCCUCCUCUUCGCUCGCCUCCUACAUGCUCGCCUUGCCCGCGUCCCACACGCUCACAUCCCCCACGCCCGCCUACCGCCUCCGCGCCCGUAUUGCCAACCUCCCCGCGUUGCCCGCCUCCAUCCGCGUCGCUCCCAUCCGCCCGUGUCGCCCACCCGCACCCACCUCCGCCUCUGCCUCCACAUUGUUGUGGGGCGUAGUAUUACUCGCUAGCCCACCUGUGUAG